AUGGCCGCAAAUAACGUCGCAAAGUCUGUUGGGCACAUUUCCAGAAAAGCUUCCUGUCCUCAACCAAAUAUGGAUUUUGUUUCAGCUGACGUAAACGAAGUUUUGCAGGAUGCCCGUGAAAUUUUAACAAAUAAAGAGCAUCGUGAAAAGCAUCCGAAUGAACGAAUUCUGGAUGAGUCUACAACCGUCAAAGUUACAAAAACGGGUGGGGAUGAAGACCCUAUGGAAAUUACAGUUUUGCGUCAACGACUUUUGGAACGGGAUGAGGAGGAGUUUGAAGCGGUUACGGCAGAUAGGGAUGAUAGAGGAUGGUCAAGCGAUACGGACCUCGUUUCCCCGCCUCAAAGAACCCGUCUCCCAUCAAUCCAUAAAUGCUCACACAAUAACAAAAAGGUUCAGAGCAGCGGAAAUUUGCCAGAGGAAAUGGUUUGA